GGCCGAUGGUAACGGAGACCUCAUAAAGAGUUUGAUAAAUUAUGGUGUAGAUAUUGGUUCAAUCAACCAAGAAGGAGACACGGCAUUUCAUAUUGCUGCGACUGCAGGACACCAGGAAGUUGUUUCCAUUCUGCUUGAGUAUGGCGCUGAUACUGAGGUAAAAGACGCAGAAUCGCAAACAGUGCUUUAUAGAGCUGCUGCUGGUGGACAUGAUGGAUUGGUGGCAUUGCUGAUCAAGCACGGGGCUUCAGUCCAAGCCAAGAACUAUUAUUCAGACACAGCAAUUCAUAUCGCUGCAGCUAUCGGAAACAAGAAAGUAGUAUCACUAUUGCUGGAAAAUGGGGUUGCUGUUGAUGCAAGGGGGUUCGAUUCGAGAACUGUACUUCAUCAGGCGGCAAUUCAUAGGCAACUGGAAAUAUCCUCUCUUCUGAUAGAGCAUGGUGCUGAUGUAAACGCAAAGGAUGCAUAUUUAUGGACUCCUUUGCUAAUGGCAGUUGAAGCAGGAUCUACGGAAAUAGUUGUUCUGCUACUUAGUAAUGGUGCUGAUGUUAACGCAAGAACCUCGUACCCUGAUACUGCGCUUCAUAUGGCUGCAUCUGGAGGUAGGAAGGAAAUGGUAUCGCUAUUGCUAGAUUGUGGUGCUUCCGUGAAUGCGAAAGAUAGGGAUCUAAAGACUCCGCUUCACGACGCUGCCGCUGGUGGCCAUAAGGAGGUAGUGUCCUUAUUACUAGAUCGUGCUGAUGCUUUACGCUUUUUGUUGAAUUGUGAUUGUGAUAUACAAGCAAUCGACGAUAACGGUAAUACAGCUCUUCAUCAUGCUGCGUACAAAAAUAGUCAGGAGGUUGCAGCUAUUCUCAUAGAAAAUGGUAUUGACAUUGAUAGCAAGAGCAGUAAUGGCGAGACUGCU